GCGGCGUUGACAAAAGUCAGAGACCUCGGGAACAAUCGUCGGUGACUCUGAUCAUUGUUGACUGGGAAAAUUCCGGUUACCUGUAGCGGUAACCACCUUUGACAGAAUCAGCACUGUUUUGACGUUCCCAAUAUUGUAACUGCAAAUUUCCGAUGAACUGUAACCGGUCGUCGAGAGGAUUUUGGCGGACAUCGUUCGUCGUUCAGGGAGAUCUCACGGGGCCGAAAUGUCGAAGUCCCACACAUCGGUCCUCCUCUGCAUGACUGAGCAGGUCCACGAUGCGAAUGAGCCUCAGAUGAGUCAAAACGCAAAGCCACCGUGACGGCUUCACUCUUCCUCCCGCUGUUGGUGCAUCUCCAAUCCGAGCAGGUCCUGGUACAACAGACAGUCCAGAAGUACCUGAUCUGUACGUGCUAUCACCCUUCGUACCUUCUAAAAGCUCCGGUACUUCAACCCGGCGACCUUCACUCGCCACUGGACGCGAGAAUCGAGCUGCUCAUCAUGCUCAUCCCUCUGCUCGCUCGGGGUCGCCUCCCCCGAAUAAGUAUCGAGAGGAAGGUACGCGCAUGUACCUUCGAGGACCGCAAUGUCCCUCUGACGCUCUUCCACACAGCUUCGCCAGAAGGCUCUCGACCACGUUCACGGUGCUGGCUCUCGUUCGCUUGCAGGUAGCGGAGCGGGGAAGAGAAAGGCGGAACGGGGACAACUUUUUGUGGCAGUACGGGUGGUAUUUGUGUCGGUACGAUGUUCUGAUGCUCCUCCAAUAAGGCCGGAAGCGCCUGCACUGAAGAGAGCCUUGGCAUGAGAGCCCCUCCCUUGAAUACGAGAUGGAGCUAAGGUGCAAGUAAUCUGCGGGCAAAUGAAGUGGAGGGAUUCAGCGGAAAGGCAGCAUUCAUCCUCCGCUCAGCGCCGGAACACUCGGUGCGCUCGACAUCAUCGUCAUCGUCCUCUCGCUCUUCUUCUUCUUCUUCCUCCUCUUCUUCUUCUCGUCGUUCUUCGUCCUGCGGCGGGCGGCGUCCACGCUGGCGGCGAGAGGAAGGCAAUUGGCGAUGGACACGGUCUCGAGCACGCCCCGCAAGCCGAACACGUGGCUCCUUCUGUGGUGCAGCGUCACGCUGGCGCUCUUCUGCCUCGCCUACAUGUCGGGCAUCGACGAGAUCCUGCCGAAUCACAACAUCAGCCCGCUCUGGGCCCUCACGUCGCGCCCGUACCUGGCAGCGCGUCCAUCCAUCGCCGGCGAGAUGAGUCGGCCCGAGGUCAGCAGCGCCAUCGAGCCAGCGUGGACCCGGACGAAUGAGUCACAGGAGUGCGAGCUGCCGUGGACGACCCUGGCGCUUGACGAGGCCAGCCUGCUGUCGUGCGCCGCUCGCCUCGGGCGCCAGCGCCAGCGCCAGGACGGGCUCGUCCCCAAGCCGCGAGUGGCAUUCCUCUUCAUCACGCGCGAUCGCCUUCCCCACGAGGCGCUAUGGCGCAGAUUCUUCCGCGGGCACGAGGAUCGGUACUCGGUGUACGUGCAUUCUCGGCCCGACUACGAGUCCCCAAGCGAAUCGCUGUUCCACAACCACCAUGUCCCGAGUGAGGGCGUCCGGCGGCUGUCCAUGAGCCUGGUCAGGGCGAUGCGCCGGCUGCUGGCCUACGCCAUCGUCGAUCCCGACCACGGGCCGUCCAAUUCGUGGUUCGUGUACGCCUGCGAGGCCACCGUGCCCAUCCGAUCAUUCGACUUCGUCUACGAGUAUCUGACGAACUCGCAGCAGUCGUUUGUCGAGUCGUUCCUGCCGCACCGCAAGUACUUGACGUGGGACACGGAGCCCGAGUUCCGCAACAGCAGCCUGCGCAAAGGAGAGCUGUGGAUGGCCGUGCAUGCUCGCCAUGCCGUCAUGAUUCUGAACGACACCACCAUCUUCAACAAGUUCAACACCUCCUGCAAAGCAUGGUGCGGCCCCGACGAGCAGUACAUUCAGACUCUUCUGGGACUCCUGGACCCUCAGGGAAUAUCAAAUUGGACGACAAUGUACGUGAACUGGACGCAGCCUCAUUGGACGUCGCCGAAUCUGCUGGGCGCCGAUGUGAUGACACCGGACUGGUUCAAGGACAUUCAGGGAAGGACGGUUCAGACCGACGGCAUGUUCCACGACACUUCGGCCGUCGCCGAGGAGCAGCACUGGCGCAACGUUUCUCGUGAUUGCGUCUACAAUGGUGUUUCGAAUUCCCCUUGCUACUUGUUCGCGAGGAAGGUGGAGGCCUCUGCGAGCGCCGACCAUCUGCAAAGCCUGCCCUCCUCUGUUCUGGGAUACUGAGGUCAACCGGUCUAAUGCGAAAUUCAGGGACCUGUGCUGGUGCAGGAAUUUUUCCCAGCCAGGCUCCCAUGCAUAUCCACGUUCCUCGCUUCCGUGUACAUAGGUUUGCAAUCAAGAGCGUUUGUGUGCAUUAGAAGACGAGAUUCUGCUACAAGAAGCGAUGGCUGCGAAUUAGUCUCCAGAGCUUCUCGGAUACAUCGCCACGGAAUUCCUGAUAGACAAGACGAAUUUGAGGCCAUACGAGGUGACAUAGGCUAAUGAUAUCGGGGUUUUCCCGUGCUUCCCUCUCGAGAAUCGUUUGCAGGCGAUCGUCAUCCUUGGCAGUUACCUCGUCUUUAACUUCUCGAUUGUUGCUACGAUCGACUGAGUCAGAGGGAGGAUAGUAUCCGGAUUUGAUCAAUUAAAGUCAAAUGUGGUUAGUUUUAGCCUUUCCGACUUGUACCGCACUAUACACUUUCAUGUAUAUAGAGGGCAUAGCCUCCACUGUGCUGACACAUUAUUUGAGAGAAGAGAUUCGUAGACAUUUUGUUUGCCACUACAUCUGCAUCGAGUAAUUUUUUUGUAAUGCUC